AUGAAGAAACCAAAGGAUACCGUCAGUAAUGCUUCCGCGCGAAAGAAGAUUCGCGCUGUUUUUGAGAUAAUCAAGAACCUUGACAUCAGGGGCGUCCCAAAGCUCACAAAGACUAAGAAGAUACUGUACUACCACCGAUCAUCACGAGAGCUCCUCGAAAGCAUGCGCAAGAAGCCGGAAGAUCCCAAACAGUUCCUCGACCUUCCGAACGAGAUCUUGCUCAUGAUCGUCGCAGCCGCCGACAAAGAAGAUCUGACCAACCUGAGGCUCGUUUGCCGAAGACUGCUUGAAGUUGUCGAAACCAGAUUUGCCGACGCUUUUUUCUCGCACCGUAUACAUGUUGCCUCGAUGCACAGCAUGGAAGGUCUCCUCAAUAUUGUCAAGCAUCCCUGGUUUAGUCAUCACGUCAAGAGGAUUAUUAUCAGCACUCUGAGCACCGAUAGCAGCUGCAACUUCAUCGGAGAGGAACUACGCAACCCAAUCAUGGAAGAAGCAUUCAACGGCAUCAAAGGACAUGGCCAUGUGAUCGAUGUCGCGUUUUGCACCGACAACGAGUCUCCAAAAAGAUCAGAAGCCCUGGAUUUAGAGAAUAUGUCGGCAGAAACAGAGCCGUCCAGCAAGACUCUAUAG